UGAAUUCCCAAGGACAGAAAACCUAUUACUAAACAAAAAACAAACAGUCAAUUCAACCCCACUCACCCUCAGGCCUCAGCAACUCUACCAAAACAGACACUCUCAUCGGUUACACCGUACUAUUAGUUCACGGGCCACUCCCCCUGAGUCCCUGCCCCAGUAGUCAAUCCCUUUGACCCCCCCCAACCCCCUCCAUUCCUCGCCACGUGUCCCCCUUCUUCCAUUUUUAAGCACACUCUCUUGCACUAGCUCAGAGCUCCACACUUUUCUCAUUCCAUUCCAACAGCAGAAAUAAUACUAGUAAUAAUAAUCCCAAGAAAAGAGAUGAAUGGGCCGAAGAGUGGACUGGAGGUUAGCAUUCAGCUGCCCGAGACAAAGACGACGGCCGCGGAGAGCGGCCCUUUGGUUUCACAACGCCCCGAAAGCAGGAGGGCCGUUGUUGUUGCCCACCCGAAAGCUGACGUCAUGCACGCCGUCCUAAGGCUGCUCUGCCUCUUGAGUAGCGUCACAGCGGUGUCGGUGAUGGCUACUGCGAAGCAGGCUUCGACCAUUUCUCUCUACGGCUUCAGCGUACCUUUGUACUCCAAGUGGUCUUUUUCUGACUCCUUUGAGUACCUGGUUGGAGUAUCGGCAGCCGUGGCUGUCCAUUCAUUGCUUCAACUGCUUAUUAAUGUGUCGAGGAUGUUGCGAAACUCUCCAAUCAUCCCUUCCAGGAACCAUGCAUGGCUCAUUUUUGCUGGAGAUCAGAUAUUUGCAUAUGCUAUGAUGAGUGCUGGAUCAGCUGCAUCAGGUGUUACCAACCUGAACCGAACAGGGAUCCAUCAUUCAGCUCUGCCAAAUUUCUGCAAGCCCUUGCACGUAUUCUGUGAUCGUGUUGCUGUGUCGAUAGCAUUCACUUUUUUCAGCUGCUUCUUGCUGGCAAUUUCUGUGGUUCUUGAUGUACUUUGGCUGUCCAAGUACUAGACCAUACCUUCGCACUGGAAAAUUAGGACCUGAUUAUCCUUUGUUGUUGAUGUACAACUAGUAAUUCACUUGAUCUAUAUCAUGAUCUAUAUCAUUGUCCUA